AUGAACGCCUUCCAGUUCAUGAACUUCAGUCCCAUCGCCGACCUCUCGACGGGCGUCCUCUCGGCGACGACGGGGCAGGUGAGCUGGCUCUACAGCGCGUCGCUCCUGAGCGUGCUGCCGGCCUUCUUCCUCGCCGUGCGCUGGACGUCGGCGCCGGCGACGCAGCGCGGCGCGCUCCGGGCGAUGCACGGCCUCAACCUCGCGGCGGCGCUGCUCCGCGCGGGCAGCGCCUACGUGGGCUCCUACGCCCUGGCCAUGGCGUCGAGCGUGCUCCUCGGCGUCGCGGCGAGCUUCGUCAUCUCGGCCUUCACGUCCGUGUCCCAGCGCUGGCUCCCCGCGGCCGAGCGGCCGCUCGGCGUGUCGCUCACCGUGCAGGCGAACUACUUCGGCUGGCUCCUCGGCGCGGUGCUCGUGCCCUACGCCUGCGUCGCCAAGGGCGGCCUCGUGCGGCUGCUCGAGGUCCAGGCCGCCGCCGCGGGCCUCCUCUUCGCGCUCGCCGCGUUCGGCGCGCCGGAGCCGCCCGCGGACGGCGGCGGCGGCGCCGUCGCCGCGGAGGUCGCCGCGGCGGACCUCGACGUCGCGCCGCCGUCGCCCAAGUUCGGCCUGACCACGGCGGUGAGGGAGCUCGCCGCGCGGCCGCGCUGGCUCGCGUCCUGCGCGGCCUACGCGCUCGCGGGCGGCGUCGGCUUCGCGGUGCCCGCCGCGCAGGACAUCGUCUUCGACGAGGCCUGCGCCUUCUCGCCCAAGGUCACGGCCCUCGCGAACGCGGCCUUCAUCGCGGCGGGCGUCGUCACGGGCCUCGCCCUCGGCUUCGCCCACGACGCCGUGGAGCGGCGCGAGGCGGGCUGCCUCCUCGGCCUCCUGGGUUUGGGCGUCGCGGCGAUCGCCGGCCUCGCGGGCGCCGUGCUGCCCACGGGCCUCGUGCCGGCCUGCGACGAGUACGCCUGCGUGGGGCUCAUGGCCGCGGCGGGCGCGUCGACCAUCGGCUUCGUCGGCCUCGCGCUCGGCGAGGCGGGCAAGUCCGCGGGGCCGAAUCCGGCCGCGCGCGUCUUCUCCGGCGGCUGCGUCGAGUGGUGGCUCCAGGUCUGCGGCGCCGCCAUCACGCAGGUCGCGUCGAACAGGCGCGGCUUCGAGACGUGCGCCGCGUUCCAGGGCGCGGCGCUCGCCGCCGGCGCGGUAGCGCUCCUCGGCCUCCGGCGCGACUAA